AUGAGCGGGGGGUCCCAGCCAGUGGCGACGAUCGGUAGGGCCACCGCCAGGAGACACAAGAGUGUGAGGAAGAACUCCAGGAGGAUCUACUCCCACUACCAGGACCAACAGCACGGCUCUUCGGACGAUGAGGACAAAGAGGAUGGGCGCGUGGACAGCAACGACCCGGAGGAGAUGUUCCAGAACAUCCAGUACCAGAAGGAGAUCAUCGCCAACAUCCGCACCCGGCCCUGGCCAAUGAGACGCAAGCUCAAAGUGCUCAAGCAAGCCCGGGAGAUUGUGUUGAAGUACGAGGGCAGACUGACACGGACCAGAGGGUACCAGGCAGCAGGAGCUGAUCUGCUGAAGAAACUUUCCAGACUGCUCUACAAUAUUGUUGUUCUCUUCAUUCCCUGGGAGAUGAGAAUCAAGAAGAUAGAAAGUCACUUUGGCUCCGGGGUGGCCUCCUACUUCAUCUUCCUGCGCUGGCUGUUUGGCAUCAACAUCGUCCUCACCAUCAUGACCGGGGCCUUCAUCGUCCUACCAGAGCUGCUGGCAGGGGCCCCGUUUGGAACGACGAGAAGUAAGACCAUCCCCAAGGAGCAGUUCUCUUCAGCACAGGAUCUGGACACCAUCUGGUCUCUUGGGGGCUAUCUGCAGUACUCGGUGCUGUUCUACGGCUACUACGGCAGAGUGAGGAAGAUCGGCAGUGCGGGCUACCGCCUCCCUCUUGCCUACUUCCUGGUCGGCAUGGCGGUCUUCGCCUACAGCUUCAUCAUCCUGUUGAGAAAGAUGGCAAAGAACUCCCGUCUGAGCCUGGCCAGCGCCUCGGACGAGAACUUCACCUUCUGCUGGCGGGUGUUCUGCGCCUGGGACUACCUGAUCGGGAACCCGGAGGCGGCCGAGAGCAAAGGAGCCGCCAUCGUCAACAACAUCAGGGAAGCCAUUGUUGAGGAGCAGGAGAAGAAAAAAGAUACAAGCCUGGCAGUCCUCAUCAGCCUGCGUAUCCUGGCCAAUAUCCUGGUGCUGCUGUCGCUGGCGGGCAGCAUCUACAUCAUCUACUUUGUGGUGGACCGCUCCCAGAAGCUGGAGCAGGAGAAGCCGGAACUCACCCUGUGGGAGAAGAAUGAGGUCAGUGUGGUGGUGUCUCUGAUCACCAUGAUCGCUCCGUCCGCAUUUGAGCUGGUCUCUCAGCUGGAGAUGUACCACCCAAGAACAUCCCUUCGCUUCCAGCUGGCCAGGGUUCUGGUGCUGUACCUGGGCAAUCUGUACAGCCUAAUCAUCGCCCUGCUGGACAAGGUCAACAUCAUGAGCUCUGCUAUCCAGGUGGUUCCUGGUAACUGGUCUGACCCCAGCUCCUUCCUGGCCACCAUCUCCCAGCCAGACGAGGAGAGUCUUUCCACCUUGGUCUCAGAAAUGUAUCUCUCUGGAAUCAAGAACGACAGCAUGAGCACGACGACCACGACGACAACCACCAUGGCGACCAUCGCCACGGCGCUGGACGCGGGCAGCGUCUUCAGCAACGCCAGCGCUGGCAAGAACGUCCUGGUGGCCUUGACCAAUCACACGGCUCUGUUUGAGAAGAACUCCCGCUCACAGCAGGACCCCUGUUGGGAGACCUACGUUGGACAGGAGAUGCUGAAGCUGUCCAUCAUCGACAUGAUCUUCACGGUGGCCAGCAUCCUACUGAUCGACUUCAUCCGUGGUCUGGUCGUGCGUUACCUCAGUGACUGCUGCUGCUGGGACCUGGAGAGCAAGUUUCCUGAAUACGGAGAAUUCAAAAUAGCCGAGAAUGUCCUGCACCUGAUCUACAACCAGGGGAUGAUCUGGAUGGGGGCGUUUUUCUCCCCUUGUCUCCCUGCCUUUAACGUGAUGAAGCUGAUUGGCUUAAUGUACCUGAGGAGCUGGGCGGUUCUGACCUGCAAUGUUCCCCAUCAGCAAGUCUUCCGGGCCUCCAGAUCAAACAACUUCUAUCUAGCCAUGUUGUUGUUCAUGCUGUUCCUGUGCAUGCUUCCCACUAUCUUUGCCAUCGUGAGAUACAGACCAUCACAGCAUUGUGGGCCUUUCAGUGGCCAGGAGAAGAUUUAUGACAUCAUUUCAGACACCAUUGCCAGUGACUUCCCGCUGUGGUUCAGCAAAGUGAUGAGUUACAUCACCAGCCCUGUUGUGGCUCUGCCCGCGCUGCUGCUGCUCUUCAUGCUGAUAUACUACCUCCAGGCAAUCGCAAGAUCCCUCAAGUUCACCAACAACCAGCUGAGGCAGCAGCUCCAGACAGAACGGUCAAAUGACAAGAAGAAAGUCUUCCAGUUGGCUGCAGCCAGGCUCCAAGCCCCAGAGGUGGCCGUCGAUAAGAAGACAGACCAGCAGGAGAGCGACGUCACGAGCCACGAGUCCUCCAUCCACUCAUCGCCGCAGCACAACGGCAGCGUCACCAACUUCCAGUCGCCCGUUCGCCGCGGUAACGGCAUCAGCACCAUCACCCAGUCGGUGUCCAGGGCUGAGCUGAACACAGGAGGCGUGGCUGGAUCUUCCAGAAGUCCAGCCGUGCCAAUGUUGCACAGGCAGAGACCGGACCAUCCACCAACUAGGCAGCAGUCUGCCCCGUUCCUCGGCGGCCCCAACGGCUCCUGCCGGGCCAAGUCGUACCGCCACGUGGCCUACAACCCCGCCCCCGGCUUCCCCGACGACGUCCACUACUCGGACCCGCUGUACAGGAAGACGGCGCGGCCGCUGCUCCCAGCCGAGGCGGCGGGCGUCGUCACGGCCCACAGCUACGCCGGCCGGCGGCCGCACGUGGCCACGCGCUACGUCAUCCUGAACGAGCACGAGGCGCGCAAGAAGCUGCUGCGCUCGGCCACGCGCGUCCCCCGCCACUACUGCGCCGACGGACCCUCGGACCUGUGCCCCCCCCCACGCAGCGGCAAGCGCUACGCCCCCCGCGCCCCCCUCCAGCCCCAGAGGUCCCUGGCCUCGCAGCCCCACCUGAGCGAGGAGGAGGAGGAGGAGGAGAUGGAGGAGGAGGAGGCAGGGGUGGGGCUGGAAGGCAGGAGGAAGGCGCAGAGGAAGGGCUUGCUGGGACAGGACGGCCGGCGCCCGCGGUCCCUGUCGGACCUGUACCAGCCGGCGCGCUUCUACAUCGGCGAGCGCGUGGAGAGCCAGGUGUCCAUGGGGAAGGACGCCCACGAGGAGGAGGGGGAGGAGGACGAGAUAGACUGGGAGGGGCUGGAGGCGUACGCCUGCUCGCAUGCCGCCGGGAGGAGGGCGGAGCCGGCGGCGGCGCACGUCCGACGCCCCGCCCAGUCUCCCGGGCGCUUCGGGCAGUCCUCCGGCGUGGCCAGGGUGGGGGAGCCCCAGGUCAAGCCCAAGGUCAAGAGCAGGUCCAAGAUGGAGCCCUCCCUGACGGAGUCUGACUCCGCCUCCUUGGGCUCCAGCAGCGACCAGCAGAACAGCAGCACCGACCAGUACAUCCAGGUCAUCCACAACAAGGAGCGCCAUCUCAAGUCUGACGCCAGGCAGGGCAAGCUGGCUAAGAAGAAGUCCAAGGCCAGCAUCGAUCUAAACGUCUCGAGGUCCAAUGAAUUGGUUUGCUCCAAUGUGUGAGGGAUAAGGAAAGGGUUAGCAAAAGUCUGUGCAAUAGUAUGUAUAUUUGCUUACCAAGAAAUUGUGUUACAAAGAUGUAAUUAUCAAUUAAGACCGCAAAGUAUAUAUUUGUAACAUUUUAACUUCAGUGUCGUUGUGUGUAAGAGAACGCUCCACAUAUAAUAUUUGAUUAUUACAUUCAAUGUGUUCACGUGAGAUGUGUGGUCUUACCUUGCUUAUUUUAUCUGUACAUCAUGC